CAGCCCCGCAGGAAGGCGGCCCCCAGGGAAAGGGGCGAUUUCCUGGCUUCCCUCGUGGCCAAGUCCGGCGAGAAGUUCGGCAAGGGCGCCGGCCCCAGUUUGCCCCCGUACCACCGGAGGAUCUGCAUGAUCCAGGACAUGCUGCUGCUGGUCAAGCAGGGCAGGCAGGAGGAAGCCACCGAGCUGCUGAAGAACCUGCGGCAGGAUUUAGGGAUGGAGUCCACCUCUCUGGAUGAUGUCCUCUAUCGUUACGCCAGCUUCCGAAACCUGGUGGAUCCCAUCACCCACGACCUCAUCAUCAGCCUGGCAAGAUACAUCCACUGCCCCAAACCAGAAGGGGACUCCCUGGGAGCCAUGGAGAAGCUGUGCAGGCAGCUCACCUACCACCUGAGCCCCCACUCGCAGUGGAGACGCCAGGGCAUCAUGAAGAGGAAGCCGCAGUCCUGCUUGAAGGCCGUGCUGAUGGGGAAGCCCCAGGACAACACCGUGGACUUGUCGGGGAUCCCGCUGACCCUGAAGGACCUGGAGAGGGUCACGUCGUACCUGGAGCACAGCUCGGAGCACAUCGACACGGUGGAGCUGUGCUUCACCGAGCUGACGGACGAGAUGCUGCUGCAGCUGCUGCCCGCCCUCUGCGGGCUGCCCCGCCUCACCACGCUGGCGCUCAACGGCAACCGCCUGACCAAGGCCAUCCUCAGGGACCUCACCGAGACCCUCAAGGACCCCAAGAAGUUCCCCAGCGUCACCUGGAUCGAUCUGGGCAAUAAUGUGGAUAUUUUCUCGCUGCCCCAACCCUUCCUGGUGAGCCUGAAGAGGCGCUGCCCCAAGCAGGGCAAUUUGCCGACCAUCCUGGAGUUUGGGGAGGGUCAGGUCAGUGAUUUGGAGGGGCAGGAGGGGCUGGGGGACAGCCAGGAGGAGCUGAGGGCUGGGCCAGGCCAGGCUGGCAGCACGGACUGGGUGCAGAUGGACAGAACAGCCCAGGCUGGGGAGCGCCCUGGCCCAGAGCAGGGGGCAGCCACAGCACAGACAUGAUGGCCACCAGCCCUUGGGUGGGCACCUUGAGCAAGGAUGGCUUCAAACCUCAGAGCUGGGGGGUUCUGUUCCCACUCCUGGGUGCUCCAGGAGUCCCAGUGCUGCCUUCCCCCUGUGCCACGAACGUCAGUGACUUCCUGCUGGGAGAACACAUCAAAGUGAUCAGUGGAGUGUUUGUAUUUCCUAACAGCUGGCCAGGUGUUCUGAAGCAUUAGUGGUGUGCUGUGCUUUUGGCUCUCUCAGAAAUGAAUCUCCAAGGGGCUGCAGAACCUCAGAAGGGCAAGAAAAGGGAGCAGGGAGGUGCCCAGGCUGUGCAGGGAAAGGCUCCCUUCCCUCAGUGCUGCAUCUCAGCUGCUCCCCACGUGGGAUGGACAGACAGCAGCCACCCCAGAGGGACCUGCCUGGGAAAAACCUGCAAUCCUUCCCACUCCUGACUUCAGGAAUCACUGGUGAGAGCCUGGCUCCUGAGACACAACAAAAACCUGCUCAGACACAAAGCAGGGCUCAAAAACCUGCUCCCACACCAACCUGGGGUGCUCCUCUCAGUACUGUGAGCCCAGCCCAGAGGGAGAGCUCUGUUUUCCUGGGGCAGGGUUAAAUCCCAGCCUGCAGCGUGCCUGGACACCACCCUCACCUCCAAGCCUUACCAAAACCAGGCUGGCACCUGUGCCUGCCCAGGAUUUACCCAGUAAAACCCAGUUUCCCACCAGCUCUAAAAAUUCCUGAGCUUUUAAUGGGAGGGACACACAAAUCUGGGGUCAGGGCUCAGGAGCAUCACUGACACCACGGUACUGAAGGGUUAAAAAAGGUAAAACAAGCCUGGGGUUCCUCCCCUGUCACUGCCACACAGCCAGCUGGGAUUCAGAGCCCCAGAAAGCCCUGGGGUCCCUUGGCCAUGGCUGCUGCCCCCUGGACCAGAAGUGCUUUGUUCCUAAAAGGUUCCAGUUUUUUCUAAGCCAGGGCUUUG